AUGUGGGGCCAAGGUGCUAUUGCAGCAGCACUGCUCCUGUGCGGCAUCACGUUUUCGGCGGCGGACCAGCCGGCGGAGCUCAGCAACGUGACCGUUUCAGUUGGCGAACCUGCAGUGUCCGAGUCAUCAAAAGGUGAAGACAUUGAAAAAGGAAAUGUAUACACCCCAGAAGCUCUUCUUGCUGAGCUCGCCAGCGCUGCCAAUAUUGCAAUCGACGGUGGUGCGCCGCACGGUGGGGUGUCCUUGGAGCUCUCAGCGGCACACAACACGGAAACAGGAGAAGAUUCUACAGGAGCCACGCCAGGUGAUGCAGUUGCAUCUAACUCCACCGCUUCAUCCAACCAUGUCCGAGGCCGCAAGAUGUUGGCAUUCGGCGUACUGCUGCUGUUGGUCGGUGUCACGAUGUCAACGGCAGGGCGCCAACCCCAAGCUCCCCAAGCUCGCGUUCAGCCUUCGUCAGUGGAGGCCACUGUGCGUUCCGCUUUGGAGAUGAUGGACAAACUUGGAAUCAAGUCCGCUUCGAAGGUGGCUGUAGGCUGCAUCAUUGCUGGGUUCUUGGAGUUGAUUCGCAGUCUCAACGCCAGACAGAAUUCUGCCACUCAAUCAGGACAGACAGUGCAGCCCACCCUAAAAGGCCGGACGGUGCUGAUCCUGGGUGUCGUUGCCCUUUUGGCCUCCAUCCCGUUAGCAGGAGUCGAUUUCUCAAAUCUCAAUGUGAACGAAUUGCUUAAAGUGCUCUACGAGUACCUCUCCAAGUCGCACUUUGGCCUCUUCCUUGCAGGAGGUGCAGCCUUUCUCAAGAGCGUCUAUGACUUGAUGGAAAAUCAAAAACACCUGCUGGAGCAGCAACAAAGCGGAGGGGAGCUCAAGGAGGAAACAGGUGAAACGCCAGACAGCGAAAAUCAGCCUGAGACUGCAGAUGAUGCUGCAGACCUUGCAGAGAACUGCGGGGAGGUAAGCGGUGCACAUCCCUCUGAAGAAGGGUCUGCUGACAUCAGCCCAUCUUUGGCUGCCCCUUCUGAAGAGCCUUCCCCACCAGAACUCCCCUCCCAACCGGCACACGAAGAAACAGGAGGAGAAACACAACCAGCAGCACCCGUAGAAACAACUGACGCGGAAGACAAGGCUCCUGAAGCAGAUGCUCCUCCCAAGAUGGAAGACUCUUCCUCACCAACGGUGGAAGAAACAACAGGAGAAACACAAGCAGGAGCACCCGAAGAAACAACUGCCGCGGAUGACAAGGCUCCUGAAGCAGAUGCUCCUCCCAAGAUGGAAGACUCUUCCUCACCAACGGUGGAAGAAACAACAGGAGAAACACAAGCAGGAGCACCCGAAGAAACAACUGCCGCCGAAGAAAAGGCUCCUGAAGCAGAGACUCCUCCAACGGCGGAAGACUCCUCCUCACCAAUGCUGGAGGAAACAGCAGGAGAAACACAACCAGGAACACUCGAAGGAACUGCUGAAGCCGUAGAAGAGGCCCCUGGUGCAGGCACUGGAGCAGAGAGUACUGCAGAGGACGCAUCUGCCCCCCAAGAGGCCACGGAGCAGCCAGUAGAAGAACAAGCGGAGCCGGACCAGGAGCCGGCAUCGGGAGAACCAGCAGACGGGGCUGCCUCCCCUUCUGAGGCUGACAACACAGUUGCUGCAGAAAGCAUGCCAGAUUCUCCGGAAGCACAUGAAAAUGCACAGUAG